AUGGGCUGGGAAAGCAAGGCCCUAAAUUCUGGAGACGAUUCAGGUGCCCCUACCCCUGACGAAGACGGGGACGUUGGGGUGACAGGUGAUGAGACCAUACCCCCUUCUGCGGUAAAUGAGGACGAUGGGGAAGUCGAUUUCGAGCAACAGGGCGGGAAGGACGAUGAAACAGCCACUGCAGGGGAAGUUGGAGGCAACAGUACCCUCCCCCUGAGCGCUAUUAUUGGUCAUUGUACCCCUUCUUCGGAGCGAGAAUCGACGCAUGAGCAAAGGCGGCCCAGCAUCAGCGCUAGCUCGGUGGAGAGCUUCGGUACGGAUAUGGCGAGCGUAUUCGAUCGGGCCAGCCCAGCGAAGCUCGAAGAAGACGACAAUUCCGGUGCGGUCCAUGAGAGUGGGCAGUCUCGUGCCUGGAAGUUUCGAGCAAAACUGCGAAGGGUCGUUGGCGCUAUAUCAGACAUUAUCCUGCUACAGUCACGACCGGACGCCGGACGUCUCCGUGUCAGCUGGAACUGCAAAUGUGGCAAGAGGUUGAACAUCGAAAUCCCCGAAGAUUGCGCGGAUGGCGGGGUGCGAUUCGCCCCAGGACGCUGCCGGUCCGUCGAACUCGCGAACGGUAUCUGUGAGCGGCUCCGAAAGCGGCUCCACGUCGUCGUCGCUACCGGGAUCUCAGAGCUCGUUGCCACAAAGAGGUUCUGUGGACACUAG